AUGUCAGAGCACGGACUGCGACGCGUGAGAUUGCAGCACCAAAGAUGCUGCAUGGUGCCAGACGACACGCGACCUUUUGCCACGCAUAGGGCUGCAGGGUUCGUACACGUGCUACCUUGUUCACACCAAAAGUGCUCAGGUACGGACACACGUCACCGUUUUCACACCAAAGGUGCGAGUGCGGAGGUAAGCGACAUAGCGGUCACCUUUUCGGACACCAAGAGUGCUCAGGAAGGACACACGGUGACACCGUUAGCACACGCGGAGAAGUUCUCUGGGAACGACACACUCGAGCUUUUCAGCACGAAAGUGCUCAGGUCAACACAGCGAGCACCGGAGUUUGGCACCACCAAAAGUUGGCUGCGCAGUGGGUAA